AUGAUUCUCCGUUUUCGUUUCGCCAAGAUCGCUGUUGGUAAAAUGGGUGGUCUCUUCGACGACAUACUGUUUGAGGGCCUGAGCUCGCAGGAGUAUAUCGAUGGCAGUUACAGCGAUGGAUCCGAAUGUGACAUUCUCUUUGCUGAUCUCGAUGACGAGCCUACGUUGUGGGAUGUACAAGAUGCACGAUUGCCCACACAAGUCACGAGCGAACAAGAGCCUUGCAGCUCAAACACUGUUGUUAACGGCACUGCUACCAGUGGCUCAGACCAUCCACCACCUUUGCGCGACAGAUUCUACGUCAUUGCUUGCAUCGAAGCCAUGCUGGAAAGAUGCAUAGAUAGUCUCCUUGAAGAGGACCGUCCAAUGACCAUCACCCUGAGAUCACGAGCAGGUCUAUCUCGGCGACAAGGUAAACUCGAAGAAGGAAAGCCUCUGCUUCCUGACCCAAAGGAACGAAAUAUCAGCUUUCCUGGAACAGGUGCACAAGAGGCAUGGAACUUCACUGUGCUCCUACGCAUACUGGACAUCAUCCAUGGCGGUCUUGUCAAGAACACGGUCAUGACCAAGCGUGACAUAUAUUACCAUCAUCCGGAUCUGUUCCUCAAGCAAGCCGUGGUAGACCGACUGCUGCAGCAAAAGGCUUGGUCGCUGGAAACUUCACGAUCGUGCGAGCCUCCGGUCUUGAAGUACACGCUAUACAUGAGACGGAGGUAG